CUGCUUCCUCCUGAGGUCGGGAGCGGGUCGUGGUCGGAGCUUCAAGUUCGUUGAUAACAGAUUUUUACACUGGGCCAAGAUUUUUGUGUAUCCCACUGAGUAUUUUUUGGGGACCCUAUUAUGUAUCUACAGAAAUGUAGUGUCACGGGAACAAAACGAGACUUUGAAAAAAAAUCGAUUUUUUUAUUCUAUGUUUUUUCUUGAUGUCGUGUGAAAUCGCUAAUAUUUCUAUUGCCGGCUCCUGAGCUAUACAAAUGACACAUUCUUGUCAUUAUGGAUCAGUUUGGAGAUAUGUCAGAUGGUGAAGUGGACCAUUCUUUUUUCGAUAGUGACUUUGAAGAAGCAAAGAAAUGUGAAAAUAACUUAGUUUUUGACAAGCAAAAUGAUGACCCUAAAGAGAGAAUAGAUAAAGAUACAGAAAAUGUGAAUGUGACAUUUGGAAUACAAACAAAGGAAAAUUAUCUUACUGACAAGGGAAAUGAAAGAAACAUGAAAAAUCUUCUAGACGAAUACCCUGUAGAGAACGAUACAGAAACCAGAAGUUCUUUAUCACUGACCGAAAAUUCAAGAUCAAAAGAAUUGUGUAGUGCUACAACAGGACAUAAAAUAGAGUUGCCCAUUCCAAAUAGAACUCCCAAAAUUGUAAAAGAAGGUGAGGAUGAUUACUACACGGAUGGAGAGGAAAGCAGUGAUGAUGGAAAAAAGCAUCAUGUGAGGUCCAAGUCAGCAAAAACGUCUCAUAACUUUAAAAAAAGCAUGAAUAAAAAAUAUUCCAAACUUAGUUCCUCCUCCUCUUCUUUGUCUUCCUCAUCUUCAAGUUUAGGUACAGACUGUUCAGAUGCAGGACCUGAUUUCUCUAAAUCUCAUUCACGUCCAUCGUCAAGGAAACAUACAAUAACCCUCUUAUCACCAAGACAAAAAUAUAAAUCGGGAACAAAAUCAGCAGGACCACAACCUUCAAGUACUAAGGCAAAAAUUGGGGACUAUACCGAGGAAUCUGAAGAUACUGUGACAGAUGUGACUCCUUUAUCAACUCCAGACAUCAGCCCUGUUCAGUCUUUUGAACUAGGCAUAUCAAAUGACCAAAAAGUAAAGGUUAAAAGGCAGGAAAAUGUGAGUCAAGGAAUAUAUGAAGAUGUUGAGGCUUUAAAAAAUGGCUCAAAAUGCUUGAAAGCAGCCAAGAAAGGGAAGGAAAAACAUGGAUCUAGUCUCACCCCAAAGUCACCAGUAUUAGAUUCCAGUUCAGACCACAGAUGUAAGCAAAAGGUCUUACAUGACACAAUGGAUCUGAAUCAUCUUUUAAAAGCUUUCCUACAGUUAGAUAAAAAGGAGCCACAAAAACAUCACUUUGAUCAGCCUUCAGUAGUACCUAGGAAGAACUACUCUUUCACAAGAGAAGAGGUGAGACAGAUUGAUCGGGAAAAUCAGAGGCUUUUGAAAGAACUGUCAAGACAGGCUGAAAAACCAGGAAACAAAAGUGCAGUUCCCAGAAGAUCAAGUGGUCAUCCCCCUAAGUUAUAUCACAGUGCUCUCAACAGACAGAGGGAACAACAAAGAAUUGAAAGAGAAAAUUUGGCUUUGUUGAAAAGGCUUGAAGCUGUGAAGCCCACGGUUGGUAUGAAACGCUCAGAACAGCUGAUGGAUUAUCAUCGCAAUAUGGGUUAUCUCAACCCAGCACCGUCUUCCAGAAGAGUGAGAUCUACGCUUGGCCAGUAUAGCCCAUUAAGAGGAGCUUCUAGGACAUCCAGUGCUACCAGUGGUCUCAGUUGUAAGACUGAACCAUCAGGUUUUGACACAUCUAACAACCUGUUGCUGAGACCUAAGCCUCCUAAUGUCCGAGCUGCUUGGUUAUAAAGCCUUUUUAUUUUAAACAUUUUUCAUCCAAUUUUUAUUGAUGUGUUUUUGUGUAUUAUUACAAUUCUGUGUAAACAUCUGUAAUUUUUUUUAGCAAUUCAGAGUACACAACAGUGAGUUGUAAUUUAUUGUUAUUCAGUGCAGAAUUGUUGUCAAAAUGACCAUUUAAUGUAAAGUCAGUGUUUCCUAUGUGAAUGUAUUUAUAUGAGGUGUUUAUGUAUUUAUUAGAGAAAUGGUACCACAGUAGGCAUGUAUAUUUUUCUCAGUGUAGAAAUGGAGUGUCAUGCUGACAAAGCAGUAGUAAUAAUAUCAUUGCAUGUCCACCCAAGAUGUCCACUGUAUAGUUUACAUUUUCUAUUUUUAUUUUUUGUAAGCUGUAGACCUUGAGCUUACCACUUGAAUUUGAUUGACUUUGUUUUCCAUUCGCUUUAGGACUUUUACGGAGUGAAUGAUAACCUGAUUGUGAAAAUUACACUUUAUUUUUAUGAAACAAAUUUUGAAAUGUGUUUUAUGGGUAAAGCUAAUACAGAUUUGGUAAGCAUAUUGAGAGAAGCUUGUCCUGGAGCAAUCCUUAGAAUUCACCAGAGGUAUCAUAAUAUUUUUGUGGAAGACCAUUGAGUUAGGUCUUAAAAAUUUGAUUAGCUACUUCAAACAAUUUCAUACUGUGAAUAUUAGAAAGUUCAACUUAGAAGCUCCUCUCAUGUUUUAAUGAUUCAGAAAAAGAAGGUGGGCUUUAGAGCUAUAAUCUACUGCAUUGUGACUAGUCUGUAGAUCAGAUUGGUUGCACCAUAAGCAGACAAGUAUUUGUUCAGUCAGCAAAGUAGCAUCACAGAGCCAAGAAGCAGAUCCCAAGGUAUGUCAGAACAGUGUUUUAAGUGAUUCUGUUAGCAUAUUAUGCUAUGGUUUAGUAUUUAUUGUAUUGAGAGACAGUUAAGAAUAAGAAAUCUUUAGAAAUUCUAAGUAGUGUCAAUAGGUUCUGAAAAAGAAAAUUAAAUAUGAACAAUAAGAGAAAGGUCAUACUUUGGUUCAGGCUACUCCUUUAAAUAUCAGGUAGUUUUCUGGUUUUGUUUUGGUGUAUUUAGUUGAAAGUUGGAAGUAGCAUUUUUACCAAUCUCACAUUUAAAGGACUGGUAAUCUGGAUGGAGUUGUAGUGGCAGAUAGGGUAUAUAAUAUAGUGGAUUUUUCGAAAUUAGAGUAUUUUUCUGCCAGUUGAUAGGCUCUUGUUUCAUAUAGUAAAGUAUGGUCUUUUAUAGGCAUCACUGUUUUUCAUUAUUGGCCUUGUCAGUACACCCUUAGAAUAUAGGAAAGUUUUCAUAUAUGACAAAUCUUUCCUUUUUAAUACUAAUUUUCUGCAGCCACAGUAAAAUCUGUGUUUCACUUUUUAAUGCUCAAGCUGUGUAGCAUGUUUGCUACACCUACUUUUCUGAACACCUUUAGUAGAAAGGCAAACUAUAUUUUUCUAAACAUAAUUCAUAAUUCAUUGGCCUAGGUUUGUAUUUAUGGAUUUUGUUUAGGGUAAGGCAUAUAAAGCAUGGAAACAGUGGGGUUAAAUUCAUGAAAACAUAACCUGGGUCUGAGAUUUUUCUGCAGCUUUCCCUGGGCUGUAACAUUCUUCUACAUUACUUGAUACUUUGUUUUAGAGAGUAAGUUUUUACACUUGUUUUAUAUAAAAGCUUUAGCUAAUCUGAACAAAGGUUUUCUUUUGUUAACUUAUUGCACUUUUAAUGUUUGUCUAACAAUUCUUCUUUAAAGAGAGAUAAGGUAAUGCUAAAUUUAAAACUGAGCACUUGGACAUUUGCCCAAUAGUGAGUCAAUUUUUAAAAAUGAAUUUUUAUUUGAGGGGGGAAUAUGUGUAUGUAUAUAUAUACACACAGAAUCUUUUGUAUAGCAUUAGUCUAGUACUUUGUGUAUAAUCUCUGCUGCCAGGUAUCAGAAUACAACACAUAAUUUCAUUCUUUGAUUUUAGAUAUCAAUUAAAUGCCUUCAAUUUUUACAGCUUUGGAAGGGGAAGUUUGUCUAAGUAUUACUGAUAACAGGGAUUCAAUUUCAAGUAAAAGUUGGGAAGAACAAUGGUCUUUUUUAAACAAAAGUUAUAAUUUUAUUAUCACAGUUGCUUAAACUAUAGAUAGCUUCUAGGCAUUGGAAAUAUAGUAUUCUCUGAUAUGAAGUCAAGGUUCUUUGAAAGUUGUUAUGGUUUAAGUGACUUUUUAGUGGAGGAAUCAUAAGUACAUUCAUUACUCUGUUCAUUAUCUAAAGCAUAAAAAAAGUGAAGGAUAACCUAGCCUUAUUUUGUAUUUGGUUGGCUUGGAGCUAGUGUACAUACCUUGAAGAUUGUAUCUGUCACUAAAAAAUAGGCAAUCCAAGGCCUAGUUUUAGGCUAGGAUCUUAGCAAAAAUUAUUUUUGUUUCUGUCAAGUAUUGAGUUAAUGUUGCCUCCUUUUAAGUAAGAUUCUGUGAGAGAUUUUUAAACUUUUAAAAUUAUUUCUUAAGGGGUAACUGUUAGCUCAUUCUUCCCCUGCUUCCUUUUUCAGUCUCCAUGAAAAGCUGCUUUCUUAGCUGCUACUCCAAAUGAAGUUUUCUGGUUUGUUUAUAAAUAUAGUAUAGUGGAGUUGUUUUCAGUGCAUUAACUCAAGUGUCCAAAAUGGUAUUUAGACAGCUGUAAGAAGGUGAUUGUGAUGGGUGUGAUUGUGUACUUAUCUUCAGAUUCAAACUGUGCAGCUGUGAAAAGUAUUACAACUGAUGUAAAGUUAAAAGUGUGAAUUUAUCAUAUUAAAUCUCUAAAACGUUUACUGUGUGAAAUGCCAAAGUCUGAACCUUUAAAUGAUUUUAUGCCACUUAGAAAAUGUGCUUAAUGUUAAUGGUUACUUAGAUUACAGUGAAUAAGAUUAGUAAAAUACUUAAAAGUCAACAUCUUUUUACAGUUUUUUAGUCCAUUGUAAUGUAUUUAGGCAUCAAGGAACUGACUUGGCCUGGGGGAAAAAGAAAUAAAAGAAUUAAAGAUAACUGA